AUGUCUCUGAUCGAGAAAUUUAACACAUUACGACUUAUAAUACGUCAAAACGGCGGAAUUAAAGCAUCAUUUUUGACUUUGUUCAGAACUGAUGAAUUAAAAUGGGGAAAUUUAGUUGGAACUGACAAAUUCGGAAAUAAAUACUAUGAAAAUAAUAAAUACUUUUUGGGUGAGUUUCGUCCGCUAAUUUAUUUCAGGGAGAAACCGUUGGGUUAUAUAUUCGAAUCAGUUUGGUUGGGAUUACGAAGGUUCUCAGGUCCCACCGGAAUGGCACCGCUGGUUACACUACAUGACAGAUGA